UUCGGAGAUCUUAACCAAAUAAAUAGCUAUGUAUUAAUCUGUAUGUUCACAGUUGCUUUGCUUCCAUACAAAUGAUUUGACUUGUCGGCCACCGAGACUGGUUAUCAAGAUUUCAUCUUGUCAAUAUUUGAGUUGUGACGUGUGUGUGUUGCACUGAUCGAGUUUUUCGCAACAUAUUUACCGAAUACGUUUUGGUUUUUCGUGGCAUUUUCAGUCAAAACUUGUAUCAAAACCACCGAUUAAAAUGAGUGGGAAAAAUAAAAUAAAUGUUUCGGAUCAUGAGUCGAAUCAGUUUUGGCGUACGAUUGCUAUUGGUGCUUGUGUAGUGAUUGUAUUUUUAAGUUUACCACAUUUGGUCUCGGCUGAUUGUGGCCACUCACAUCAUGGCCAUUCACAUGACCAUCAUGACCACCAUCAUCACGAGGAACCAGCCAGUUUUAAAUGGUCCCAACAAGCAAACGAAGCCUACGAAGAUCACUCGCAUCAUCAACACCAUCACGAAGAACAUUCGCACAGCCAUGGUACACAUGCGGAAAAAGCACCGAAAACUACACAAAGCGAUUGGGUGAGCUUGUGGACGCACGCAUUAGGAUCGACGCUGCUAAUUAGCGCAGCGCCAUUCUUUCUCCUAUAUUUCAUCAAUUUGGACAACACAGACGCCAUGAAGCCUAGACUAAAAGUUUUGCUUGCAUUCGCUUCGGGUGGACUCUUAGGAGAUGCAUUCCUGCACUUAAUUCCACAUGCCAUUCACCCACACAGUCAUCAUGGCGACGAAAAACAUUCACACUCACACUUACAUGACCACCAUGAUCACGAAGAAGACGGUCACGGUCACGGUCACACACACGACAUGAGCAUCGGUUUAUGGGUUUUGGGUGGUAUCAUUACAUUUUUAGCCGUUGAAAAGAGCGUUCGACUCAUCAAAGGUGGACAUGGUCACAGCCACGGACCGCCACCACCAUCCACUGCUAAGGAGCCAGAAGAAUCCAAAAAGCCACAAGAAGAAACAAAAGGCAAGAAAUCAUCACCGAAAAAGAAAGAUGACGAAAAAGAGAAGAAAUCACCCAAGACAAAAUGUGACGAAUCAGAAGCGGAGGAACAACCGAUUUCGGUGUCUGGAUAUUUGAAUUUGGCCGCUGAUUUCACACACAAUUUCACUGACGGUUUGGCAAUUGGUGCAUCGUAUUUAGCGGGCAAUAGCAUCGGUGUAAUCACAACAAUCACAAUUCUACUGCACGAAGUUCCACAUGAAAUUGGCGACUUCGCGAUUUUAAUCAAGUCUGGAUGUUCAAAACGUAAGGCAAUGGCUUUGCAAUUGCUGACCGCUGUCGGCGCACUUUCGGGUACAAUAAUCGCCUUGUUAGGUACAAAUGGAGAGGCUGCACCAUGGGUUCUGCCAUUCACCGCCGGUGGAUUCAUUUACAUCGCCACCGUUAGCGUGUUGCCGGAAUUGCUUGAAGAAUCAACCAAAUUAGGUCAAUCACUAAAAGAAAUCGCAGCAUUACUUGCCGGCGUCGGUUUGAUGAUUAUCAUCGCAGGACUUGAAUAAAUCCAGUCUACCAGAGUAGACUUUAUUUAAGAUUUUACAUACAUGAUUCUGUUCUAGGCUAAACAAAUCAAAUUCUCUCCAGAGACUACUAUUCGAUUUCAGUGAGUUUUUCUUUUGUUAGAAGCCAAUUUAAAUCCACUAACUCGUUUAAUGAAAAAAAAAGAAACAAUGUGAUCACAUUAAGUAUGAAAUUGUUAGGCUAACGUUGUACCCAAUUUUAGUUAGAACAAACAUUGACAUUUCUAACGAAUGGUUUUUCUUUCGUUCGAAAUGAGUUCACAUUGAUCAAUCUAACCAAAAAAAAAACAUUAUAUUUCUACGAUGUCUGUUGAAACUCUAUAUAGAUACAAAUAAACACACUUAACUAAAUCAAA